UAUACGCCGAAUGAAAAGGGACUCCUUUAGUAGCAAAUUGGUUUCAUAUGUUUUAUAUUUUUUCUAUCAGAUAUUGAACUUUGCCACAAUGCGACGAGUUUUAACGAGAGUCGUAAACCGAGUUUUGAUGAGCCAGCCAUUUGCUCCGUCGAUCACGGGCUUCGAAGCGGAGAUUCACUCACAUGGACGCAGAAAACUGGUGGUGGGGCUGGGGAACCGGGGGAUGGAGGAGACCAGACACAGCGUUGGGAUGGCGGUGCUCGGCGCGCUCGCCGCCCGGCUCGGUGUGUCCGACCGUUGGCGCGGUGACCGGCACGUGUCCGGUGAGGUCAUCCUGUCCAAGGUCCAGGACACUGAUGUGGUUCUGCUCCGUCCCAAGCUGCUGAUGAACGUCAACGGAGUGUCUGUGGCCAAAGCAGCUGCUAAAUACGGCGUCCAACCUGAAGACGUCCUGCUGGUCCACGACGAACUGGACAAACCUCUGGGGAAAAUUGCCCUCAAGCAUGGAGGAAGCGCCAGAGGUCACAACGGAGUGCGCUCGUGUGUGGACUGUCUUCAGACCGACGUGAUGCGCAGGCUGCGGGUCGGGAUAGGGCGGCCGUCGGGGAAAACGUCUGUGGAGCGUCACGUUCUGAGCAGGUUCACGUCUGAGGAGAAGACGACUCUGGACUCUGUUCUGGUCCAGAGUGUGGACCUCCUCCUCGCUCAGCUCCUCCCACCUGACUCCACCCAGUCUGCCUCCUCUCCUGCAGGGAGGCAGAGGAGCAGCGCGGCUCAGGUAACGGAUGGAACCGUUCCAGCUGCUCAGAGCUGACGCUGAACUCUAAACUCUGAAAGACGAUGUGAGACGUUUCAAACGUUUCC